AUGUCAACAUCUGCAACAAAACGCAAAGCAGAAGAGCCUGAACAGGCUACAUCGAGCAAAAAGCAAAAGGUGGUAGACGAUGAAGAGAGCGGCAGUGAAGAGGAAGGAAGCGGAGAAGAAGAUGAGCUAAACGACCUCAUACAAGAUCAAGAGGACCAAGCCGACGGUCGCACCUAUGGCCGUCGAACUCGUGGUGUCAAGAUUGACUUUACAGGCAAAGACGUCCCAGGUGAAGGUGACGAUGACGAAGAUGACGAAGAAAACGUGCCAGAGGUUGAAGAAGAGGUCAGCGAUCAAGACAUCAAGGUCCUUAAGCUUGGUACUGUCCUGGACAAUACCCUCCCUACCAACUCGUUCUUGGUAUCUCUCGGGGCUCAAUCCGUCCCCUUUAUCAGUAUUCAGGUUCAGGUAUCCAUGCAUGACCUUACCGAAGACUCUUUCGUGGCGAUUCCCGCUGGAAAAUCUGUCAGUGCGACACGUACCAAUCUCGCGGCAUUGUACAGCUUUGACUUUGCACCCAAGCAAGAUCUCCAAGUCGCCGACGCCAACAGUGUGGUGACCGACCGUGGCUGA